AAAAUAUCAAAACGACCCCCACCGACUCCAGCUAAUAUCUCUGGAUCCCCAACGCGUUUUAGGGUUUGAUCGUUAGGGUUUUCUGCGCUCCCAAUUCCCCAAAUUCUAUUUCGUUUCGGAGUCCUGAUCUUCUCCAAUUCCUUCUCGGAAAAGUAAUUCGGGCUUUCCCAAAUCUUCUACUUUUACCUAAUCCUAGGGUUUCUGCGAAUUCUUGUUUGUUUGAAUCCAAGGACAGAUUUUUCUUUCGAUUUGGGAUGCUGAGAUGGUGAGCUCAGACGGAUUGAGUGCUUCUCCGCCGCCGCAGGCGGUGUCGGCAAAGCAAUUCGGGGUCACAAAGCCGAUUUCGACGGCCGGGCCUACUGAGGCCGAUACUCAGAGAACUUUAGAGUUGGAGAAGCUUUUGGUUGAAGCUGGGCUUUACGAAAGCAAAGGGGAAGCUGCCAAGAGAGAGGAGGUUCUUCACCGAAUUGGGCAGAUUGUUAAGGAUUGGGUAAAGCAACUUACUCAGUUGAGAGGAUACACAGAUCAAAUGGUUGAGGAUGCUAAUGCUCUUAUUUUUACAUUUGGUUCCUAUAGGCUUGGGGUACAUGGUCCUGGGGCUGACAUAGACACAUUGUGUGUUGGGCCAUCUUAUGUCAACCGUGAGGAAGACUUCUUCUUUGUAUUGCACAACAUUCUGGCUGAAAUGGAAGAAGUGACUGAACUGCAACCAGUUCCAGAUGCCCAUGUUCCCGUAAUGAAGUUUAAGUUUGAUGGAAUAUCAAUCGACCUCCUUUAUGCAAGUGUUUCUCUGUUGGUUGUACCAGAAGACCUGGACAUUUCUGAUGUAUCUCUGUUGUACAACAUCGAUGAGCCUACCGUUCGAAGUCUUAAUGGCUGCAGGGUUGCUGAUCAAAUUCUUAAGCUUGUUCCAAAUGUUGAGCAUUUCUGUACAACACUCCGAUGCUUGAAGUUUUGGGCGAAAAGGCGUGGUGUUUAUUCCAAUGUUACUGGAUUUCUUGGUGGUGUGAACUGGGCUCUCCUUGUUGCCCGAGUGUGUCAACUUUAUCCUAAUGCAGUUCCUAGCAUGCUGGUUUCUCGAUUUUUUAGAGUCUACACACAGUGGCGAUGGCCAAAUCCUGUCAUGUUAUGUGCUAUUGAAGAGGAUGAACUUGGUUUUAAUGUUUGGGACCCACGCAAAAAUCCUCGCGACCGUACUCAUCAUAUGCCAAUUAUAACUCCUGCAUACCCUUGUAUGAACUCUAGCUACAAUGUUUCUAAAAGUACCCUCCGUGUCAUGAUGGAGCAGUUUCAGCAGGGAAACAAGAUUUGUGAGGAAAUAGAGCUGAAUAAAGCUAGGUGGUGUGCUCUGUUUGAACCAUAUUUGUUCUUUGAAAGCUACAAGAACUAUCUCCAGGUCGACAUCGUUGCAGUUGAUGCUGAUGAUCUGCGUGCUUGGAAAGGCUGGGUGGAAUCUCGGUUGAGGCAACUGACUCUAAUGAUUGAGCGGGAUACUUUGGAGAUGUUACAAUGUCACCCAUAUCCUCAUGAGUAUGUUGAUACGACCAAACAGUGUGCACAUAGUGCUUUCUUUAUGGGUUUGCAGAGGAAACAAGGUGAAAAGGUUCAGGGUCAGCAGUUCGAUAUACGAGGGACUGUUGAUGAGUUCAAGCAGUCCAUUGAGAUGUACAAUUUUUGGAAACCUGGGAUGGAAAUUUAUGUUUCUCACGUUCGUAGAAGGCAACUUCCUUCUUAUGUGUUUCCUGAUGGUUGUAAACGACCUAGACCAUCUAGAGCUGUGGCCCUGCAGCAUGAUAAUGAAGUUAGUCCGACGGGUUCUGGUGAGAGACACCUGAAGAGGAAGAAUGAUCUUGGUGGGGGUUCGCCACCGAAACGACUAUCUAUUAGCCCUCUGCCCCAGGAUUCAAUAUCUCCUGAAAUUAUCACUCACAGAGGAGGAAGUGCAUCUCCAGAGACUUUUGAUAAAUGCUUUAGUUUGGAGGUAGUUGAUUCAAAUAAAAAAACGUUGUCCGGUGAACUGGAGCCUGGAGAUGCGACCAAUUCCAGUGUUGUUACAAGUGUUACAAGCAUGAGCAGUAGUGAAGAUGCUGGAUUUGGAUCAAUGACUGGUAGCUGUGAGGGGAAUACUAAAAGUGUUGAAGGAAGCAGUAUUGGGAGUAACACUGCUUCUUUAUGUGAGGCAGACUCUGAAUCUCUUUCAGUUAACGGAGGCGAAAAUGGCAACCUUGUGCAAGGUGGAUCACAAGAAGGAUUAGAGUUGAAUGCUGCAUUUGGGAUGAUACUUAAUCCUAGCGAGGGAGUAAGAUCGGAAGGUGUGCAGAAAGCAGUGAUGAGCAGGUUGGGUUUAACCUCAAUGGCCUGAGCAAGUUAGUCCUAUGUAAAUUUGGCUGUGAAAUUAUCGGGACUUCAGUGAGAAAGGAAGAAAGCCAGCAGCUCGGGUAAGUGUUCUUUCUAUUGCUGGCUUUCAUUUCAUUCUUUUUCAGGCAUGCUCGUCUAUCCAACCUUGCGCAUUCAAAUCAAGCACUUCAAACUGAGGACGAUGGCUUCUUGUAUAAUUUUUUACGGCUUUUGAAUUAUUCUGAUAUGCUUAAAAGUCUCGAGCUCUGGAUACUCUCCAAACAACUAAUUCAGAACUUGAUCAACUUCUGCAGACAGUUGUAGGUUUUUAACUUUUCGUCAUCUGGUGGACUUUGAUAGUCCCCAGAUCCAGGAUAAAACCCCCCCCAAAAAAAAAAAAAGGGAAAAAAAAAAAAAAUCCCCAUAGUGUCUUCUUUUCAUAAGUGGAGUGUCUGGCUCUGUACUGUUCUUAAUGUAGUAGGCUGGUUAGGUUUAUGUUUGAGGGUGUGAGUGCGGUACUGCUGAGGGUGUAUAUAUCCUCAUGACAUCUUUGUACAUUAUAUGCUAUGUAAUGGUAAUAUUGAACAUCUUCAUCUUCUUUUU